GAGAUGGAAUCCACAGCCUGUCCUCUCAAUUUGACCCUGAAAGAAGAGCAAGAAGAAGAAGAGAUUCAGAGCCGGGACCUGGAGGAUGGGCCCACCAAUAUGCAGAAAGUACGAAUCUGCUCAGAGGGUGGCUGGGGCUGAAGAUGGGGGUUAGGACCAUGUUGGGUUAAACCAAGAUCUACCCAUACAUCUGCAGUGCGGGUGAACACACCCUGCAAGAACAACAGAUUACCCCAAAAGUGUCAGUAGUGUGAGGUACCAGCCCUAUUUGAUGAGGUGGCCAUAUAUUUUUCCGAUGAGGAGUGGGAAGUUUUGACGGAGCCACAAAAGGCCCUCUACCGGGAAGUCAUGAGGAUGAAUUAUGAGACUGUCCUUUCCCUGGAAUUCCCGUUCCCUAAGCCAGACAUGAUCACUCGCCUGGAAGGGGACGAGGAGUCUUAUAAUUCCCAUGAGUGGAAGCUCCGAGGAGGAACCUUGGCAGAAAAUGAAGAAUCAGACAUGAAGUCUCCAGACUGGGUAAACCCAAUGCAUACCGCCUCCCAUUUUCCUCAGCCUCAGCACCUUGACAGCUUUGGCCUGCGUCUGCCUCGAGACAUCACAGACCUGCCUGAGUGGAGUGAGGGGUACCCCUUCUACAUGGCCAUGGGCUUCCCAGGUUAUGACCUCUCGGCUGAUGACAUAGCCAGCAAGUUUCAGUUCAGCCGAGGCAUGCGCCGCAGUUACGAUGCAGGGUUCAAAUUGAUGGUGGUGGAAUAUGCCGAGAGCACCAACAACUGCCAGGCUGCCAAGCAGUUUGGAGUGUUAGAAAAAAAUGUUCGGGACUGGCGCAAAGUAAAGCCACAGCUCCAAAACGCUCAUGCCAUGCGGCGGGCAUUCCGAGGCCCCAAGAACGGGAGGUUUGCUCUGGUGGACCAGCGAGUAGCCGAGUAUGUCAGGUACAUGCAGGCCAAAGGGGACCCUAUCACCAGGGAGGCGAUGCAGUUGAAAGCUUUGGAAAUUGCCCAGGAAAUGAACAUUCCAGAGAAAGGGUUCAAGGCAAGUCUAGGCUGGUGUCGAAGGAUGAUGAGAAGGUAUGACUUGUCUCUGAGGCACAAAGUACCAGUUCCCCAGCACCUGCCUGAGGACCUGACUGAGAAGCUUGUCACUUACCAGCAGAGCGUGCUGGCUCUGCGCAGGGCACACGACUAUGACGUAGCACAGAUGGGGAAUGCAGAUGAGACGCCAAUCUGCUUAGAGGUGCCCUCGAGGGUGUCUGUUGAUAACCAGGGUGAAAAGCCCGUCUUGGUCAAGACGCCAGGCAGGGAGAAAUUGAAGAUCACAGCCAUGCUUGGUGUCUUGGCCGAUGGGAGGAAGUUACCUCCGUACAUCAUUUUGAGGGGAACGUACAUCCCCCCUGGGAAGUUCCCCAGUGGGAUGGAAAUCCGCUGCCACCGCUAUGGGUGGAUGACUGAGGACUUGAUGCAGGACUGGUUGGAAGUAGUGUGGAGACGGAGGACGGGAGCAGUGCCCAAGCAGCGAGGGAUGCUGAUCUUGAACGGCUUCCGGGGCCACGCCACCGACUCUGUGAAAAACUCCAUGGAGAGCAUGAACACAGAUAUGGUGAUCAUCCCGGGGGGUCUGACCUCACAGCUGCAAGUUCUGGAUGUGGUGGUCUGCAAGCCGCUGAACGACAGCGUGCGGGCCCAGUACUCCAACUGGCUUCUGUCUGGGAACUUGGCUCUGAGCCCCACUGGAAAUGCCAAGAAACCGCCCCUGGGCCUCUUCCUGGAGUGGGUGAUGGUGGCAUGGAACAGCAUCUCAAGUGAAUCCAUUGUCCAGGGGUUUAAGAAGUGCCACAUCUCCAGCAACCUGGAGGAGGAAGAUGACGUCCUGUGGGAAAUUGAGAGCGAGUUGCCCGGAGGAGGAGAACCACCAAAAGAAUGUGAGGCUGAAAUGACUGAGGGCAACUGAAGGAAGCUUACAGCAAAUGGAACUGUGACUGAAACAGUGGGGGAGGAAGACCCUCAAGAUUCUUCCUGGAAGAGGGGUGCACAGGGACCAGAAAAGGCAGCGGGGCUCUGAGCAGCCCGGGCCUGGACAGCAGUGUGCGCCUCCCACCCCUGCCUGCAAGGUGCGAGCGAAGUGUAGGACCCGUAAGUUUAGAGACAAGAUUACAAAAGAAACUCAGCCCCAUGGCUUGUUUUGGAAAUGACUCCCAUAAAAAAAAAAAAAAAAAAAAGCCUGUAAAUACGAAUGAGUGGAAGUAUUUCUUAGAGAAUAUUUGUUAAACACCAACACUCAUGUGACAACAACAUUAAUGGUGUCCUUUCUGUGGAGAAAACCUCUAGGAGACGUUUUACUUUGCUUUUGCGAAUGCUUCCAGAAGCAGCCUGUUCAAGACUACAGAAAAACUUGUGUAGAAUUGUGUCAUUUACAUACUUCUGCUAUUUACCCAUUUCCUCUUUGAGGAAAAUGAGGUGUUAACAGCAAACUUAAGACAUUGGCCAAGUGCCAGGAGAUGGCUUUCCCAUAUAAUUUAGAUUAGUGUGGAAGAUCUAGUUUAGAAUAAAUGAUGCUCUUUGACUUAUCUUCCCAGUCUGGUUGGCAGCUAGACCUUUAGGGUCUUAUUUAAUAGCCCUGUUUUGUCUUCAUAUUUAAUAAAGCAGCACUAAGUACACAAGCUCUUCUUAGGCUGCUGCAGGAGAAAUCACUGUUAUCUGCUGUCUACGUGGUACAAAGGCCCAUUUUUCUUUCUUGUUUAGCUAAUGUCUUUAAGUUUUUGUCACAAGAGAAGUGGGGGGACUGGGCCUUGAACCACAGCUGCUUCAAGACUUAUACCUGCAAGAAGAGGCAGGAAGUCAUUGAAUUUGAACACGACACUGAUUGGCAUUCCCAUCUAAGUCAAGUGUUAUGAAAACAUUCCUUCAAAGCCAUCUGUGCUACAGAAACUAUAACAACUUCAUAGACAAAGCCAUUGCAAGAUAUGUCAUUCCAACAGGAGUCUGAUAAUAGGCUGCCGUAACCACUUUUCCUUCCUGUACACUCAGCUCUUAUGUAUAUUAUAAACUGUUCUUGAUAUCUUGAAACACCAGUUUCUACUCAGGUGCUCAUUUUUCUGUUAGUGAUUCACCUUUCUUAUUUAAAAAAUACCAGUCAUCUCUCCCCUACUCAAGGAGAGAAAUGACAUCUCCAGUAUCUGUACGGAUUUUGGUGUUUGGUUGAUUUCUCCAUUUGCACUACAUUCUUUUGUCAUCUGAACAUGACAUCUAAGCCUUGUUACUUUCCAUGCCAUAGUUCAUUCCAUCCAGUUCUGCUUAAGUUCUUGGCUUUCUGAUUCAUACCUUAUUUCUUUCUCAUGCUUUGGGAACUCAAAAGAUAUCAUGUUGGGGUUCCUGUGUGGGAGCCAGUUACCAAGAAGAAUAGAACGUGGGUUUGACCCGUAUUUCAUUCCACAACACCUCCUGAGGUUCACCAGCUGACAGAAGCCUUACAGGUUGCAUAGCACUGGAACUUUCCUAGAGUGAUGGCUCUGCUGUCAAGGUCUCCUGGGCUCAUUCUUCCAUUGACUUAUGUUAUCUAUGCCUAACAGAGUCCCAGUACAACUGUUUUGCAGAAUGGCUAUUACCCUAGAAUAACUAGCACAUUGAGAAAUAGUUGUAUUCCCUAGUAGAUAGGAACUGGCCCCAGCAAUAAACUUUGAUAAUAAAAGCAA